AUGAAAUUUCAAGCAACCUUUGGAACUCUGGUAACCCUCGCGGUCGCAGCCUUAGCUGUUCCAGUUGAAAAUGUCUCAGAGCGCGUGGUCUUGAGCGGAGAUCAGCUCAAGAGCAUUAUCAACGUUUUCAAGAACAGUGGAAAGCCCGACAUUCUUGCUCCAGAUCAAACCAUCUCUUGCUCUGUGGCUUAUACCCUUGCGCUGAGCAGUGGUCCUCCUCCAUACACCCUUUCGUUGACAUCCUUGGACUUGUCGGCUUGCACUCUUGGUCCCUAG